AUGUCUGAUACUGAAGCGAGAGCGCCUGUGUUAUCGACCUAUCAGGAUACUGCCACUUUUGAGUAUGCGAAGGUAAGGAAUACGGAACAAAUAAGAAACCAUCUUGGUCCACAUGUGGGGAAGACUCUCGAUGAGGAAGUGGUCGCAAAAAUCAAGCAGUACUAUAGUCUUGAUGAGCUAGUAGAGUUUUUGAAACAAAAGAGCGGAGAUGAAUUAAGAUUUAAGAAGGUAACGCUUCAAUUCCCAGAUCUGUUGAUUUGUGACUCUGCAACGAUAGUCCAUGAGCUUCAAAGGCACCUCGGCCAUACUUUCAGCUCAGCACAGAAGUUCGAUGCAGUAGAACCAGCUGAGCUUAAAUCAGUGGGUUGUUGUAGUAAUGGUAAUAAUUGUAGUGCCCCUGAUGUUAAAGGCUGCUGUAAUUCAAGCUCACAGGAGACUGCUUCGCAAGCCAUAUGGAUUCUUGCUGAUACUUCUUAUUCUGCAUGCUGCGUAGAUGAAGUUGCAGCCGAGCAUGUUCAUAGUGACCUCGUAGUACAUUUCGGAGACGCUUGCUUGAAUCCUAUCGAGAAGCUCCCAGUUGCAUAUGUUUUCGGUAAGCCCUACCUUGACGAAGACAAGGUCAUAGAGGAAUUCAGAAAGACUUACCAAGACAGAAAGGAGGAUAGAAUAUUGCUCAUGUCAGAUGCAUGUAACGUUUUCCACGCCCGUAGAAUAUGGGACACUUUGAAAGGUGAAUUUAUUAAUUUAGCAUUUGCAGAUGUAUACUUGAAUCCAGCAACUUCCAAAGAUGUUGAGAUAAUAGGCUACUCCCCCAUGACUCAUGAAAGCAGUGAGCACUCUUCUGUCGUUGCGUUAAAUAGGCAGCUUAUUGGCAUUAAAGAUGUUGAGGCUUUAAACCAGUAUGAUUUGUUCCACAUUUCUUUACCUCAAGCACCCAGACUUCUUCAACUUACGACCAAAUUUCAGUCUGUUACUAUCUAUAAUGUAGAUGAAGAGAAAAUACAUACUGGAUCUCAUCCAAACUUAAUGAGACGAUAUAGGUAUGUUCAUAUGGCUCGCUCUGCUGGUACCAUAGGUCUCUUGGUCAAUACAUUAUCACUCGCCAACACCAAAACACUCAUGAAUAGCAUUGCCAAAAAAAUCAGAGAUGCUGGCAAAAAGCAUUACCUUUUCGUUGUUGGUAAGCCAAACGUCGCCAAGUUGGCAAACUUCGAGAACGUAGACUUGUGGUGUAUCCUUGGAUGUGAUCACCAGGGAAUCAUAGUUGAUCAGAACAACGAAUACUUUAAACCUAUUGUGACGCCAUACGAAUUGUUGUUGGCUCUAAGUGAUGAUUUAACCUGGACUGGACAGUGGGUAACAGAUUUUAAUGAGGUUCUAAAGGACCUUGGGGAAGGUUCCCAAGAUCAAAAGGAAGAGGAAGGCACCGGGACCCCCGACGAUAAUGAAGCGGCGGGUGAAGACUCCGAUGACGAUGCCCCUCAAUUUGAUCCAGUUACUGGAAAAUAUGUUAGCACAUCAAGGCCAUUAAGAAAGUUGCAACAUUUGCAAAUCACUGCAGAGGAAGAAGGAGAUGAUGAUAAGGAAGAGGAAGAAUCUGAGAAGUCCUUGAUCAAGAAAUUUUCAAGUACUGUUGCAAUUAAAGACACUGUUUCAACUUCAGCUAUGUAUUUACAGACCAGAACCUGGACUGGAUUAGGUAGUGAUUACAAAGACAAUGAACAGGAUGAGGAGGGUGCAAUUUUGGAGGAUGGUAGAGGAGGAAUAGCGAGAGGGUAUGACUUCGAUAUAGAAAAUAAGAAUUAG